AUGGAUACCAAUACGGCUACCGUGGCUCAGGCUGUGACUGUGAGUCUACAAGAGCUUGUUGAUGGAACGGUCUCCUUUGAUACCCUGACCGAGGCUUUCGGACCGGAGUCCCUGGGCAUUAUCGUCGUGAAAGACUUGCCUCAGACAUUCACAGAGCUACGUGCCAAGGUUCUUUCGAAUUCCUCGUACCUAGCAGCGCUGUCAGAUGCGGAGUUGGAGUCCCUCACCGUUCCAGAAUCCAAAUACCUGGUCGGCUGGUCUUGUGGCAAGGAAACCCUAAAAUCAGGUCACUUUGAUACGCUCAAAGGCUCUUACUACGUGAAUUGCGCCUUCUACCAGGAUCCCUCGCUGGACAGUGCUCCAGCCGAUGGGUUCCCGGACCUGCCCCAGUAUACCGCGCCAAAUGUCUGGCCCUCCGAGGCUAAAUUACCCGAAUUCAGGGGUAGCGUAGAGGCCCUCUGUGGCUUGAUCAUCGAUACCGCCGCAUUGGUUGCCAAGGCCUGUGAUCGCUACGCCGAGGCCAACAUCGCAGACUACAAGCCAGGUUAUCUGCACCAUGUCGUCACGACAAGUCUGACCACCAAGGCCAGACUACUGCACUACUUCCCCGGCACUGAGGAGCAGGCUGAUAGCGCCAGCGACGACGACUGGUGUGCUACGCAUCUCGACCACGGUUGUCUAACGGGUCUGACAUCGGCCAUGUUCCUCGACGAAGCCGCCUCCCCUCCCAGCAUUUCAGCUACGAGUAGUGUUCUCCCCGAGCUUCCCCGCUCCCCUGACCCUUCGGCCGGUCUGUAUAUUCGAUCUCGCACAGAUGAGAUCGUCAAGGUCAAUAUUCCUAAAGAUUGUCUUGCUUUCCAGACCGGUGAGGCCUUGCAGCUCAUCACACGCGGCAAGUUCAUGGCCGUGCCGCACUUUGUGAAGGGAGCCAAGGCUAGUCCUGGCCAAGAGAUUGCGCGGAAUACCCUGGCGGUGUUCACCCAGCCGAAUCUGGCGGAGGAGGUGCAGCCCGGAUUGACUUUUGCGGAAUUCGCAAGAGGCGUGGUGCAGAAGAACUAUUGA